AAGUACUGCUGUGAAAGUGUUCAUGUCUAAAUAAUAGUUUUCCUAUUUACAAUGAUUUCAAGAUCAUUUUUCUCUGCGUAUUAUUUCGCAUUGGUGUUGCAGAUAUCUAUGAAACUGUAGCUGAUUCCUUUAUACGUUAUGUUCUUUUCCGAGAUUCAUUAAACGAGCUUUAUUAUGUCAUCAGAAAUUCAGGCAGUCCAAGAAAGACAAGCUCUUCUGUCCAGGCUUUUAGAUGCCGUCAAGCAGUGCCAAAUUCGAUUUGGAGGUCGAACGGAGCUUGCUACUGAAAAUGACAGCAGAGUUGUUUGUUUGUGUGCUCAGUUUGAAGCAGUUUUACAACAUGGUAUUAGAAAAAAUAAUAAAAGUUUUCCACAUUUGAGACAUGUUACUGGAAUGAUGAAGAACCUUAGCAUUUUAAAUGGAGAAACUGAUUCAGUAUUUUGGCAGCUGAUACGUUUGGUUCUGAACAAACAUGAAUAUGAGCGAUACAUGCUAUUAAAAAACAUCCAUUCUGAUACUGGACGAGGCAGAGCAUGGUUAAGAUCUGCUCUAAAUGAAAAUUCUUUAGAGCGUUAUAUGCAUAUGAUUUUAGCAGAUAAUAACCAAAUAAAGAAUUUUUAUGAAGACUGGGCCUUUUUAAUGGAUGAAGAACGCAGUAGCAUGUUACCUAUGAUGGCAGCAGGUCUUGGUUCUAUUCUGUUUGCCAUUAGCAUUGAUAAUCCAGAUCUUAAUGCAUUUCGUCCAUCUUCAACGGAAUCAUCUGUUGAUGUGAAACUGCCUGUUAAUAUGGAAUUAGAGCCAAAGCCUGUUAUACUAAAAUCAAGUACAAAUGAAAUAACAAAGAAGAAAAAGAAAAAAAAGCGACCAGCAUCACAAAUAGUUUCAUUUGAUGACGAUGAUUUAUCUAAUGGAACUUCUGUGCAUCUUGAUCUGCUUCCUGAAUCUUGUAGUGCUCCAGCCACAUGUUUAUCAUCUCCUGUUCAACUUUCUGGGAAUUUUCAUGCAUUUUCAACAUUAUCAAAUCAGAGUCUAAGCAUUUCAAAGGAAUCUUCAGAGAAAAUUCAUUCUUACAGUGAUUCCAGUAUUCUAGAAAGGACAGUGUCUCCAAAAACUCCCUUCAAUGGAGGAGUUAAAAGUGUGUCAGAAUACUCAGUGCAAAAAGUUAUUCAGGCUUCUUCUUGUCCUAUUGCAAUACUUGGAAGCAAUAGCGGAUUGAAUGAUGAAUCUGAAAGCCAUCUUUCGAAAUGUGGAUCUUACAUUAAAGCUUCACCAUCUCCAUCUGGGAUGUUUUCAGAUACAGCAAUGACUAGUUUGCCUGAGCAAGAUACUCUGACACCAAUUGGAGAUGCUUCUGUUGGGGAAUUGAUACCAAUUGUUCAAAUGGAGGACAGUAUCAAAUCAGAUGAUUCUAUUUCAAUACCAAGCUACUGUGAAGAUGUAGAUAGUGCUGUUGCUGCCCUUGCAGUAGCUCAACGCAUUCCUUCUUGGUCAGUUUCCUCUAACAGUUCUCAAGGACUUUCAAAAACCCAACCCAGAAGUAGAAGUGACACCUUAACAAUGACUGCAGAUGAGUUGCGAGAAGCUUUGUUGUCGGUUAUGCAGAAAAAAGAAGAAAGUGAAGAAAAAAAUGGGGCACUGCGGAAUUUGCUAGAAAGAGAAAUGGAAAUGGGUGCUGGCUUGCGAGCUGAGAUGGAGGACUUAAAGCGAACGUAUGAAGAAAAGAUUGAAAGAUUAGAAAUAAAAGUGCAGACUAUCACAAGGGAAAAUGAGUUAUUGAAGCAUCAGUUGAAGAAAUACAUAACCGCUGUUCAAAUGUUAAAACAUGAUAGCAGUAAAGUUCAAGAAUUGACCUCAAUUGUGGGCGAAAUUCAGCCACCCAUUCCUGAACCUAAAUUUUUUAUUGAUCAUCAGUUUGAAGCUUCGGAAUAUGAAAAGAAAUUAGUUCAGGUUGCUGAAAUGCAUGGAGAACUGAUGGAAUUUAAUGAUAGGUUACACAGAUUACUCUUACAGAGAGAGGCUGUCAUACGAAGAUUGAAAGAAGAAUUAAUUGAUCUCAGAGGUCCUCUGCCUGAUGAUAACCAAACAUCAGAUGAUGAUUUGAGCAUCACUUCUGAUUAUGAUGCUUCUUCUCAAACAGCGACUUUAAGGCCAUUGAUAAAUGUCUGGAUUCCAUCUGCAUUUCUUACUGGAAAACCAGCUGAUAUUCAUCAUGUGUAUCAGGUUUACAUUCGAAUAAGGGAUGAUGAGUGGAACGUCUAUCGCAGGUAUGCUCAGUUCUAUGCUCUACAUAAACAGCUGAAGAAAAAAGAUCCUAUUGUAAAUACUUUUGACUUCCCACCUAAAAAAACUAUAGGAAAAAAGGAUGCCAAAGUCGUAGAACAGCGAAGAAGACGUUUGCAACAUUACUUGCGCUGUGUUUUAAACUGGUUACUUCAAACUAGUUCUGAUAUUUCAAAUAGUCCUGAUAAAGAAACAUUUAUUUCUCUUCUUCCAUUCUUUGGGGAUCAAAUGAAUGUUCAGAAGAAAAUCCGUAACAAUCGAUCUCGUCAAAUGGACAACCCUGCAUUGGACCAAGACCAACAAACAGUUCCUCAUUACACUGGUUUGUGAUACAAAUUGACAUUCCAGUUUGUGCAUGUAAUUGCUAUGUAUUUAGCACAUAUUCCAACAUGCGUAAAUUGUGCAUAUUGUUGCAUAUAAAUAUUACAUUUUUCAUUUAUGAUGGAUAAAUUGCUUUUAAGAAAUCAAUUUGAUCAAUCAAAAUGAAUUCAAUUUUUGUAUAUUUGUCUUGUAAGGAGUGAUUAAUGCAUCUGUGAAUAAAAUAAGCAGUAAAAGGAAUUUUUGAAAUUCAAAUUUGGAAAUGCAAAUUAUUUUGCAUUGGCUUAUUUGUUAUGUAAUUCGAAUCGUGUUUAUGAAUGUUGUUAUUUUGCUUACAUUUUGUACCUUUGAAGUUUAUGAAAUCUUUCUUCAUAAUUGAUUUAUGUUAAAAAUUUGUUCUUCUAGUCAUACUUUUGAGUUACUGUAAAAUAAAAAAUGGUAAAAAAAGCUUAUGCAUGGUUAAAAAAAGAAAAGAUAACUAUUUUGCUAUACACGUGUUCAUUGAAAACAAGAAAAACACUGAGACAUUGCCAAAAACUAAAAAAAAAAAAAAAAAAAAAAAAAAAUCAGCUGAAAGCUAAUAAUUUGUCAGUUUUCAGAAAUCUCUUUCUUCAGCGUUGGUAUCGAAUGGCUGAAGCUGUAAGAGUUGCUUCAACUUUAAUUAUAAGUAAAAAGUUUAAUAUCGGCUUUGUAUAAAAUGUUAAGUGCAUUUCAGAAAAAAAAAAAGUCUAUUACAAUUGUGCUUUAAUCAUUCUUCUUUUUGUAUGAACAAAAAUUUAUUUUCACAUGUAUUUCAUUAAUUUCUUUAAAUCAUCUUUUAGUAUUACUCAAAUAUCGUUUCAUACAUUGUGUAAGUUUUUGCAAUGCACUUUGUUUUGCUGGAACUAUGUUUUGUGCUUGUUUUUUUCUGUUUAUAACAGUAUUAUAUUUCAUCUUCCAUUUGAGAAAAUCCGAUCUUUAUUAAUUUGAUUGAUUUUACUCUGUUACUAAGAGAUAUAUGCAAUCACUAUACAGUGGAACCCUGAUUAUGUUUUCUGUCCGACCAUCAGUGAUAAAAAACGCUCCAAGUGGGAAAACGUAAUAUUUGGAUCUCUGUAAAAGAGUUGAGCCUAUGUUUAAAAUUGUCCAAUGAAAUAUUGAGAAAAAUGUGUAAUCUUUACUUGUUUUUGUUUUUAGCUACAAUUUCAUUUAUAAGCAUUUAUAGCUGUGUUAACAUUUUUUUUUUGCAAAUUUGCAUCUUGGCAUUCACAAAUAAAAAUAGUUUGAGUUUUUUUUUUUGCUUAGAAUCACUUUAUCAGUUGUGGGGCACCCUCCAUUAUUCUUCUUUGUCUUCAUCAUCUUUAUCCAAAAUGGGUAGUAAAUCUGAUAUUGUAGGAUUCUGAUGAGACAAUACAUGCGUCGCUUCUGGAAAAUUUUCUAAGAGAGUGUCAGCAGUUCUAGUCCUCAAUGGUCUCUUAAGGAAAUUUUCACAAUCAAAAGAAAUCCCUUUGGCACAUGAAGGACAAUUAGACUGAACAGAAAGGGUUCCAUACCGGCUUCAAACAGCUAUAAAACAAACUUAUCUUAAAAAAUUGAAAUCUGAAAAAUGUUUGUGUGAGUCUUACAGAUGAAAAAUUUUGAUCUGUUUGUAGAGAAACGUAUUAAGCGGACUUUGUGAAGAAGAGUAACGUAAAAUCCAGAAUAGUUUAACAUUAUCAGUGCAGUAAACUCCAAUUAUAUGCAGGGCGGAUUGUCUGAGAGUCAUUUAGCCAUCAGGAACAUGUCUGUUUGCAGUAAAAAGCAAAUACCAAUGGGUGUUUUUUUUUGACGAAAAUUGUAAAUGAACUCUGUUGUUUUUGUUUUAUUUAUUUAGUGUGCUUUUUUAUGGUACAGUGAAACCUGUGUAAGUUGACCACUUGCGGUGCACUACUUUAGUGGUCAACUUAAACAGAUGUCAACUUACAAAGGUUAAUUUAUAUGAUAAGGCCUUAUUCCGUGCCUGAAAAAAAGCGGUCAACUUACAAGGGUGGUCAACUUCACAGGUUUUACUUACUGUACAUACACUUGUUCUUUAUUGAUGUUAAGUUCUGUUGUGCAAAAAUAUGAAACAUUUUUACUGUACUGUAUAUAUUUUCAUUUUGAAGAAAGUAUUAUGUGGAUGCCUCAAUCGCCAAAAUGAUUAACUCCAUAAAACAAAAAGUAUAGAAAAGUUAUGAAGAAGAUGGUGUUAUCCAUAGGAGUGAAUAGGCCCUCGUGUUACGUUACAUUUUCUGCCAUCACAUGGUCAGAACUGUACUGAACCAAAACUUUAAUAUAAAUUAACAUGCUAAGCAUUGAUAAAGCACUAGUAAAGCAGAAAUGAAGAUUUUUUUAAAAAGUGGAGUUAAUCAAUUUGGCAAUUGAGGCAUCCAUGUAUCAAUACAGCUAAGUUUUUGAGUAAGGAAUUUUUUUUACCUUAUUUAUCCAUCAUUUUUCGGUUUAACCAUGAUUUUUAUUAUCCGCCGCACUUAUGCCCCCCUCAAUUCUGCGGAAAAUCGGGAGUUUACUGUAUAGCCUUUUUCAGGAAUCAGCAGCAUAUGACGUCCGAAGCGCGAUAACUUAUGAAACGUACAACAUAAAAUCGGGGUUCCACUGUUGUACAUUUUGAUUUGCUAAACUAGUUUACCGAGUAUUGUACUUAAGAUUUUGCAAAUUAUGUACAUUUUUUACUUUUAUAGUCAAAUCUUUGAAGUAAUUCAAUAAUAAGGAUGUUGUUAGAUAGUUUUAGACAUGCAGUUUAGGUAAGAUCUGGGCUGUGAGAUUUUAGAAAAGCCCAAAACAAAUAACAUUUUCUAAAAAUGACGGCUUUUAUUAAGAAAAACAUAUUUUCCCUCCUUGAUAUUCAAAAACUAUUGUAAUAAUACCAUGUUUGUAAAAAAUUACAUUUAUUUAUUAGA